UUUUAUUCGCCGUUAAUUGUAUGUUGAUUGAGAGAGUAUCGAACGAGAGACGACAGACGGGAAGAGGUGCCGCCUCGGCGGGCCGGUAGUUUGUUUAACAUUCGUGUCUGCAUUGUUUGAAACGCCUGCGCGAAUUUCCUUGGGAAUGGACCGCCGCCUGGUAGGGGUAGCGCGGGAUUCAGGGUCGAAAUUGCACGGCGGUUGAAAAGCAUCGGACACCAGUCGAGGACAGACGGUCUCGCGUUUAAGUGAUCCAUCAAUUCCAUGUCGCCGUUGGCCCUGUUCCUUCAUUACGGAGUUUUCGCCAUCACUUUCGGUUCUGGUCUGGGCGAUGAACACGAGUACAGACUGACAAAGCAUCUCCUCGAUGGAUACGACGCCGGAGUACGUCCAGCUAAGAAUUCUUCCCAGCCGCUCGGAGUUGUAUUCGGCCUCUCCCUUCAUCACAUAAUCGACGUCGACGAGAAGAACCAGAUACUGACGACGAACUGUUGGGUCACGCAGGUCUGGACCGACCAUCAUUUGAAAUGGAACGCCUCGGAAUUCGCCGGGAUCCGAGUGAUCCGAGUCCCCUACAAUCGUGUUUGGAGGCCAGACACGAUUCUGUACAACAACGCAGAUCCGCAGUACAGCUCGGCGGUCAUCAAUACGAACGUGAUCGUCAGCCACACCGGCGAAGUGGUGUGGCUCAGCCACGGGAUCUUCCGCAGCAGCUGCGACAUCGACGUCGAGUUCUUCCCCUUCGACGAGCAACGCUGCGUCCUGAAGUGGGCCUCUUGGACGUACGAUGGUUACCAACUCGAGCUGGAGAGACAAAGCGAGCAGGGGGAUGUGAGCAAUUACCAGGCGAACGGCGAGUUUGACCUGGUCGACUUCUCGGCGAGAAGAAACGUGGAAUAUUACUCGUGCUGUCCGGAACCCUACCCGGACAUCACCUACGAGAUCCGGCUGAGGCGACGACCGAUGUUCUACGUGUUUAAUUUGAUCCUGCCCUGCAUACUCAUCAACGGAGUCGCGCUGUUGGUAUUCUACGUGCCGUCGGAAUCGGGGGAGAAAGUCACCCUCGGGAUUUCGGCGCUCCUCUCUAUGACCGUCUUCCUGAUGACCAUCCGCGAGACGCUGCCGCCUACGGAGAAGACACCGUUGAUAAGUCUUUACUAUGGCGUCAGUAUAUGCCUGGUGUCCUUUGCGUCCGGAUUAGCAGUGGUCACCUUGAACCUUCAUCACCGUGGGGUCAGGGGAACCAGGGUGCCGGCUAUAGUCAGGUCGUUGGUCCUCGACAAGCUUGCCAGGGUAGUGUUCCUCAACUUCCAAGAGGAGAAGAGAUCGGAGCAAGUCGAGCCACCUAGGAGAAAGAACAACUGCCCGUUACACUGCAAGCCGGAAGUGUCCCAGUCGCAGUCGUCCCCAAAGUUUGUGACCAGAAGAGAGGACAGCAACGGUAGUAGUCCUAGCUUAGAUCUUGGGAAGGAUGGGGAUCUGGAGGCGCAAUGGUCCCGAGCCCUAGGGCGAGUGCACGCGACCAUCGAGAAGAACGAAAGACGCCUCACCGAGCAGGACCGGCGCGAGAGGACGGAAUUGGAUUGGAAGCAGGUAGCUCUGGUCAGCGAUCGGGCGUUGCUCUGUGUUUUUUUCUUGACGACGAUCGUCAGCACCACUAAAAAGGUCUCUUACUUUUUUAUAAUGCAAAAGACGGACGAGGUACAUUCCACGCGGUUCAAUUUAGCGUUUUGUAAAUACACGUACGCCGAGACCGGGAUCUCGUUAAGUCCAUUGACUAUAAGCGUUCUAAGGGAUAAUGUACCUUUACUGUAA